UGCACAGUAUAUUUCUUGGAAGAAAAAAUAUUUCUAAUCAAAAUGGGAAAACAUAAAACUCAAAAACAGGAUGAGGUGAUGGUGGAGUUCAUGAGAAGUAAUCAGGAGUUGGCCAGAGGAUUUGUUAAAGGUGACCGAACUGCAGCUGAGGCCAAGUGGUCGCAGCUUACUACUGACUUAAAUGCGAUUGGUCCUCCUUGCAAGGACGUUAACGGCUGGAAAAAGGUUUGGUCGGAUUGGAAAAUAACCAUAAGGAGGAAACUUGCGAAAAAUAAGCAGGAAACCAAAGCUACCGGCGGCGGCCCAUACGCCCAGCUUGUCGUCCUUCCUAUAGAGGAGACCAUUGCCACCAUUUGUGGGCUCUUCGAAAUGGUGGACGGUGUAGGCGCAUCGACUUUUGGAGUUCCAAUUGCAGAAACCAGCCCAUCGGACCCAUUUUCCGACAUCUUAAAACGCGAGCCCACAGACAUUCAGGCAGAACAUUGCCAAACUAGGGCAGAACCUGUUAUUGUUGACAUUGACGAGGAAGGAGCAGGGGAAAGCCGUCCUCGUUCGAAAUCAGUGCCACAAAAGAGCGUACCAACUGACUUACAAGGUCUAUGUGCAGCUCAAAUAGAGGCUCUUAAAAAAGUGGUCGAAACCUUGGGCAAAAUGAGCGCCCAACAGGCAGAUUAUUACAGACGCAUUGAAGAAAUAAAGAGGGAAGAGCUUGAGGUAACUAAGUCGAUAGCCGAGGCAGUUUCCAAAAUAGCGGCGAAUUAUAUUUAAUACAUUUUCUUUUAUCUAUCUUUUUUUAAUUCUUUAACAAAUUUGAAUAUUUUAUUUAUUUAUUAUUUAGAGGUGAUUAGUGGCCUGUCGAAUCGCUAAAAAAUCCCUUAAUGUAAAUGAUGCCUUAAUACAGUAGGAGGUCAAACAGUUACGACAGAGUACAAAAUACUGGAUGUAACCAAAUUGGGCAAAUUUAAACUUUUUGGUUAGUUAUAAAAAUAUUGUCCCUCAUAUAACUAAUUUCAUAUCAAUUGAAUUUUCCA